AUGGCUCAUCCAGAGGUCAUCCGCCAAGAGACCCUGGGCGUGCAGAAGAAGACGGGAGUCGAGUCCCGGUAUUUCGCUCUGUCUAAGGAGAGUUUGGACUACUUCACCACAGAGGCCGACUUUUAUGAGAGAUCCGAGCCGAGGGGUCGCAUGACCUUAAAGGAAGUGGAGAAGCUGGAAGUUCAGGAGGACGGCUUCUCCCUGAUCUUGAAAGGAGGUCAGGGCCUAAAGCUGAAGACUCCGGAGGAGUCCCUUGAGUUCUGGCUCUCCUCCCUGAGGCCCCUGAUCAAAGCAAGUGGGGGCCAGUUUAAGGCGAGGAUCAUCUGCUCCGGGUACCUGACUGUGGAGCGCAAGGGCCUGGCCAAAACGCCCUUCUUCGUUCUAAGGGAGAACAGCCUCGAACGCUAUGACACGGCUGCGGACUUCGAGAAGGGGCAGGAGCCCCGAGCCAUGCCUCUGACAGACAUUGAAAGAGUGACAGUCAGGGAUCGCCGCCUGACGCUGGAAGUGAAGGACCAGAAGAAGCCCUUAGAGUUCCAGGUAGACAGCGCCAAGGAGUUUGUGCAGUGGCAGGGCGCUCUGGAGAAGUUGCUUGCGCAGCGCUUGGGAGAAAACUUGGUGACGAGUGGAGAAGCGGCCCUAGGCCAUGCAAGUGCGAGCGUCAGUGGCGAAACUCUGCCACGAGAAGCACCGAAGCUCUUGUGCGAAGGCGAACUCCUUGCUCUCAAGAAUGACAGAGAGGAUCCAAGGUAUUGUGUUUUGCGCACGGACUGCUUCCAGUAUUUUAACAGCAAGGAAGAUUACCAAACAGGCGUUGCUGCACGAGCGCGUGCGCUGAUCGAAGACAUCACCUCCUUCGAUGUUUUGGAGGACGGGACGAUGGAAGUGGAACUGGGCAAGAAGAAAUGGUCUUUCAAAGCCCACAACACGGAGGAUCUCCGUCGUUGGCAGACGGCCUGGGAGACCGAUCCUGAAGAGCCGUUGCCAGCUUCAGGGAAGCCUCGACCCGUGCCGAAGCCGCCAGUAGUAACGUCGGGCGGAUUCAACCUCCGAAAGGGCCCCCAUCAGGCAGCGUCCUUUGGCCUGCUGGUACUGCGCGAGGAUCGCCUGGAAUUUUUCCGAGGCAGAGAGCGUGUGCCUUCCGAGGACGAGGUGCCAGAUGUGAGUGCCUUGAUGGACGAGAUCGAAGACUUGGAGGUCAAGGAGGAUGUCUUGAUCGUGCGUCUCGCAGACCCGUCAAGGACUUUUGAGCUGUUCUCCCCUCAGGGAAAGACGAUGGAGGAGUGGCGCCGAGAACUCGAGCAUGUUUUCGAAGAGACGCCCUCUUCGGCAGAAGAUGACGACCACCCGAAGGUCACAGUCUCUACAGAAGACAGCGCUGCCCAGAUCGCCAACGAGCUGUUGAAUUUCGUGAAGACGGUAAACACUACUUUUAAGGCCUGCAUGGUGAACGGGCAAAUGGUCCAAAAUGCGCUCGACCUUCACACAGCACUUCGGCAGAACACGCAACAAGUCAGGCCGGAGGACCUAGCCAAAGCGCUGAAGGACUUGGGAAUCGGCCUCACUGAUACUCAAGUUGAGUACUUCCUGCUCUCAUUGGACCCGACUGAAGGUGGUAUUACAUGGGAGGAGUGGCUUAGGGCCCUCAGUGUCACGGAAGCAGACCCCGCCACUGCCGCAUCCAAAGUACGUGACAGGUGCCAGGGCCACGGCGCUCUCCGUCGCGAAGGGCCUCCGCAGCAAGAAACCAUCUGUCAGGCUAUGGAGAAGCCGGAAGAAAAGCCAAGCUCCCCCAGCAGGGCUACAAGAAAUCGAUCUUUGUUUUCAGGUCCCGUUGAGCUCGAUGGAGACGGAAGACACGGGGUGCUCUAUGCCGAUCGGCUGGCUUUCUUCGAAACCUCGGAGGACAUCGUCUAUGCGGAUCCGGACACAACCGUCCAGCUGCGUGAGAUGCAGGCAGUCAAGGCCAGCAACGGAGUCUUUGAGAUCCAGGCCACCAGCGGGCUCCUGGAGAUGCGGUGUAGACGUGCUUUCGAGCUGUGGCAGUCGAGCCUUUCAGAAGCUCUGGGGGCAAGCUUCACCAAGCAUGUAAAGGGCAAGACGGUAGAGUGGGUGAACAUUAGAGAUCCCACAGACUCGCCGCCACGGCUGCCCAAGCCUGGUGCGAGUGCAAAGCCAAUGCACCAGGGCCCUUUGAAACUUGUACAAGAGGAUGGAUCGGAGCAGAUGCGCUACGUCCUAGUGUAUAGCGAUCGCUUCGAGCAUUUCACGGAUGCAGUUUCGGCUCUCCGAAAAUCAGACUCUUUGGGCGGAGUGGUACAUGCAACGGACGUAACCUCCGUGCGGGUCACUGAGGGUGCUUUUAUCUUCAAGCUUCGGCAGGAUAGUCUGCAUGUUCAAGUCCCAGUUGGCGAGGACAUGGAACUCUGGGUUUCAGCCUUUCAGCUCCUCUUCCAUCCGCAGAACGACGCUGGCCAUAGCCCUCCAAACAUGGACGAGCUUUUAGUCUUGUACAAGCAUGGUGCCUUCUUGAAGGGUGGUGAAAGAUCGAAGAUGGAACGUAGCGAACUUGCAGCAGAGGUUCAGGACGAGCGCUUCCAGCACUGGCUGCAGGCGCUGCCAGAGAAGGUGAUCCACUGGGGCCUUCUCGGCUUCCAGCAUCAACAGCGCUUGGUGGUCCGUCUCAGCAUCCUCUUCAGGGACAGGCUCGACAGUUGGUGCAGCGCUUCCAGUGCCAGCUGCGGAAUGAAGGAGGACAGCCGCAUCCUGAUGUCAAAAGUUCGAGGUCUGGAGACCAUCAGCGGCGGCUUAAUUGUCGAUCUCGGUGGCAAGAAAGUAGGAAUCCAUGUUGGUGACAAUGAGAACUUGCAACAGUGGUCUGGUGCUCUGUUGAGUGUCUUGGCACCCUUAAAGCCGGACAGAUCGGUGAGUCCCGGGACUCGAUCGGAUCGACCCCGGUCUCAGCCACCCAGCCCUGGCAAAGGUCGCGAUCGGCUCCCCGGCCCCAAGUUCGAUGAACAGGGCUUCUCUGCCAAGAUUGGCGAUGAGCUGCUGGCAUUCAGACUCGACAGGACAUGUCCAUUGACUCCCAUUUCCAUUGCCGAGCUGAGCGAGGAGUCCGGACCGGCAAAGGCCGCGGGUGUACAGCCCGGCUGGUACCUCGAUCUCCCGAAAACGUUCUCAGGGCCAUCGCGCGAGGCCCUGUCAAAGGUCAUUGGCAUGAUUGGAGGUGUCAGGCUGGAGGGCAAGGACACCAAGCAGAUCAUGGAAGCCGUCAUGGGCAACCUGGAGGAGUUUACCGAGGUGCUCAACAGCAAGGUUCGUGCGAUGUCCUCCGUCAUCCUUUGGUUCAUCAGCGGCUCUGCGGCGGUAGCACCGGUGCUUCUGCCCGAGGCGCAUGUCACCUACUCGGGCGAGCUGAAACCCAGCAGUGAGCUCUCCGUCCUGGGUGCCGACGGUAAAAAGGAUGUCAUCCUCAAGUCCGUUUGCGGCAGCGGCCCUGCGCAGGCAGGCCCGAAAGAUUUGGGAUGUGAUUGUGAUGUGAUGCUCUGGUCGAUUAGCUUUCUUUUCAAGCCAAGAGAUGGGCUCCUGGACAAGAGCGAGCUGCAUGCGCUACUGCAGAAGGGAAACCCAACUUUUACAGAAGAGGAAGUUUCAAUACUCUUCACCCAGAUCAGCAGGAACGAUGAUAAGGUAACCUUCGACGAGUUUGUCGACUAUGUCUACGAUAGGCAACUCCAGCCGAAGAAGGAGCUCAGCUUCUGGGAGAAGAAGGUGGAUGAGAUGAAGAAGAUCUCUGAAGCCCACAUGGCUGAGGUCGACCGUGUUUGGUUUCACGGAGCGUUUCUCCACGAAGACCUGAACGGUCGUUUCUCCAAGGCCGACUGGAGCUUCAAUGACCUUCCCGUCUACGAGCGAGGGUAUCCGGAGGCCUACAUCUUCUACGGCUGGACGGAGGAUGGCAAGAAGCAAGGUUGGUUCGUGGCCUCCAGGGUUCCGAAGUCCGGGUCGGUGAAACGCUACAAGAUCUUCAAUCCUUCCAGCCAUGCAGCAGGACCGCACCUUUGCACUGCCAUUUGGCGGAACCCCUCUGGGAAGCUGGACAAGCGACUCUUCUGCAUGGCAGAAAAUCGCGAGGCCUGGGAUGAGACGGAGGAGGGCCGGUGCUUGGAUGUGGAGCUGUGGGACGGACAUGUGCCCGAGCAAUUCCAGGUAGACGAGUCCAUGCAUGAUGCGCUGGAAGACGAAUGGGAGCAUGAGUGGCAAGAGGAAGCCGGCGAGGGCGUGGAGGACUUCGGUGCCGAAGGAUACGAGCUGAUGUACGAGGGUGGUGAGGAGCCUGCGCCAGACGAAGACUUCGCCGAGGUCUGGCAAGAUCCAGACUUCCCGGCAGCCGAGAAGUCUGUGGGCAGCGCCGAGGGCUGGGACGACUGGCGGCGGGUGUCGCUGAUGCAUCCCCAGGCACACCUUUUCUGCCGAGUCACCUCCGAUGAUGCCAUCAGCGAUGCCUUGACCGGGAAUGCCUGGUUUCUCUCAGCCAUGGCUUGCGUGGCAGAGUAUCCGGCAUGGAUCGUGUCGGCCUUCCGGCUGAACACUACGCUCACCGCCAACGGCGCUUACGCAGUUCGCUUCUACCACCCGGGGAAGCAGCGGUUUCAGUUCGUGGAGAUCGAUGACCGCAUCCCGACACUCAAGGGCGGCCCUAUGUCUGCCGGAGUCACCCCAGAGGGGGAGGUCUGGGUCGCUUUGCUGGAGAAGGCCUUCGCAAAGUUCUGUGGCUCUUACAGGGCUAUGGAAGGUGGAUCUGUGGCUUAUGGACUGCUCUACCUGUGUGGCGGAGGGCUGGCCGAAAGCUUCGAAAGACCUGCCGGUGCGAUGCGGUGGAAGCACAUCUACACCAAGUGGCAUGGAAAGGACCACGACACUCUCGAUCGGAAGCUGGCAGAAGGUGUGGAGGAAGAUGGCUUGGAGCUGGAUCAGGACUCGCUGUGGGCCGUGCUCCGGGAAUACAUGGAGUUCUGCUACCCAGUCGCAGCGACCGUCAUUCCCGAAAUGAUUGAGGGCGCCGGGCUGAUGCCCAAGCUUGCCUACUCCGUGAUCGGCGCCCGGGAGGUGAGGCUGAAGCGAGGCCAGGUUUGCGGGCGGUUUGCCUUUGGCUUCGGGUUCGACGUUUCAGCUUGA